AUGGGUAACGUAGGAAGUUCACACAAUCGUCGGAGACACGGUGGCGGUGGAAGUGGGCGACGUGUUCAUCCUCCGGUGACUCCUCCUCUACAAGAAGCUGCGGCUAACCAAUUUGCUCACCCUGCCGCUGCUACACCGUAUCAGAAUUACCCGAAUUACUAUCCUCCGCCGGCUACAGUUACGAUGCCUUUACCGGCACCGUAUGAUCAUCAUCACCGUACGCCGAUGGACCCGAUAUAUGGCCGUUAUCCGCCACCGCCACCGCCACUGCCACCGGCGCCUUAUGUGGAACAUCAGAAAGCUGUUACUAUUAGGAAUGAUAUUAAUAUCAAGAAGGAGACACUGAGGAUUGAACCUGAUGAGGAAAAUCCUGGCCAGUUUCUUGUUACGUUUACUUUUGAUGCCACUGUUUCUGGGAGCAUCACGGUACUUUUCUUUGCAAAAGAAGGUGACGGGUGUAUCCUUACAUCGACAAAGGAAAAUGUUCUUGCACCGGUUAUUAUAAAUUUCCAGCAAGGUCUUGGCCAGAAGUUUAGACAGCCAGCUGGAACUGGUAUCAAUUUCUCAAUAUUUGAGGAAUCUGAGUUAUUGAAAGUGGGUGACGUAAACGUCUAUCCUGUAGCAGUUAAAGCAGAUGCAUCUUCAGGUGCCGAGGAUGGAUCAAACGAAACUCCUAAAUCUGGUAGUAAAACAAACACAAACAACUCUCAGAUAACUCAAGCUGUAUUUGAGAAGGAGAAAGGAGAAUUCCGGGUGAAGGUUGUUAAGCAGAUAUUGUGGGUGAAUGGAAUGAGGUAUGAGCUGCAGGAGAUAUAUGGUAUUGGAACUUCGGUCGAAAGUGACUUGGAUGGGAAUGACCCCGGAAAAGAAUGCGUAAUCUGCUUGUCAGAACCUCGCGACACAACUGUCCUUCCUUGUCGCCACAUGUGCAUGUGUAGCGUAUGCGCGAAGGUAUUAAGGUUCCAGACAAAUAGAUGUCCAAUCUGCAGACAACCAGUUGAGAGGCUUUUGGAGAUCAGAGUUGGGCCUGAGCCCGAGCCCAAGCCCGAGCCCGAGUCCGAGGAGUGA